AUGCGCUCCUCAUUUAUUUCCGGAUUAGUGUGCUUAUCCCUUGCCAAGUACUCAGUCGGACUUCCACAACUACCUCUCCUCCAAUCGACACGUCCUUUUCAGCCAAUUCAAGCACGUGCGAUACUGCUGAGCCCCACUGGAGCACCCAUCUUCGGCGUGAUUGAUUUCCGGGCUACAACUCUGACAGAAGUUCAAGUCGACGUGGUUGUGAAUGGACUUGAAGCUUUCGUUCCGCAAGCUAAUCAUGCUUAUCACAUCCACGCCAGUCCUGUAGGACCCGAUGGUGAUUGUGCAGCUGCCGGGGCACAUUUGUCGGCAGCUGGAAUUCCCGAUUCCGUGCCUUGCAAUCCAAUGAUGCCACGACUAUGUCAGGAGGGGGAUCUAAGCGGAAAACACGGAGUCUUGCCGGGUAACCAGCGCGUUGUACAAUCAUCGUACACCGAUAGCACCUUACAAUUCCUUUCACCGGAAUCUGGGAUAAUUGGACGAGGAUUAGUUGUUCAUGACGCUAAGGGUGCUCGAAUUGCUUGUGGCAACAUCACCCGGGUUAACUAACCAGACACGCUUUUACAAAUGACCACAUAUCUUUCAACUUUUGAUGUCGAUUUUUGCACAUUAACUGAUAUGUUCAUCGGUAAAUUAACC